CUAGUGACUCGCUCUCAUAAGAUGAACGACCGGGACCACUCUGCUGCCCAUGACGACACGUACAGCCCUCCAGAGCAUCUUCCUCGCUACUUUGCAAAGUCAGGACACAUCGACGCAGACCCCAAGAAGACGAAGAAGGAUGGCGGCGGCAAAGGCAACUGGGGACGCUCCGGAGAUGAGGUACAUGACUACGGAUACACAUUCACCAACUCUCGCCGCCGAUCGAACAGCAGCACCCACGGUCUCGCCGACUUCAAGACCAAGUUUGAGACCCAUGAGCCCGAACCCGUCUUUGAAGAAGAGGCUCCUGGAGACGAUGAACAACAGAACGGCACGAAUCUUGAACGUACCGAUUCCAGCUCCAGCGGGGAUGCCGUUGGGGCUGGAAAGUCAUAA